AUGUUGCUCCCAAAGAUUCUCGGAUUGAUUUGUCUUCUGGGUUUUGCUUCUGGAGCAGCUGUUUUGCCUCCUGAUGAAGUGGUAUCUUUGCUGGUGGUGGCAAAGAGUUUAGGGAAGACGGACUGGGAUUUCAGUGUGGAUCCAUGUAGCGGGUUAUCGGGUUGGGCGACCCAGAACCCGGUUAAGGGUUUUGAGAAUGCGCUUACUUGCGACUGCACCUUUGAAAAUAACACCGUUUGCCACGUUGUUAGCAUAUUAGUCCAUUUUUGUGUUGAUUGGGAUUGCAGAAUUCUGAAAGCCCAGAAUCUGCAAGGUACUGUCCCGCGAGAGCUCGUCAGGCUCCCUUUCCUCAAAGAGAUUGAUCUCACCCGGAAUUAUCUCAACGGCACCAUCCCUCCAGAAUGGGGCUCCAUGAAUCUCGUAAACAUUUCUCUCCUCGGGAACCGUGUGACGGGUCCAAUACCAAAAGCCCUUGCCAACAUCAGCACGCUUGCAAAUCUGACUGUGGAGUACAAUCAGUUAACUGGAACAAUCCCUCCCGAGUUUGGGGAUCUUCCUCGAAUAGAGAAAUUAUUUUUUACCUCAAACAACUUAACCGGGGAGAUACCUGCAACUCUAGCAAAACUAACCACACUGAAAGACUUUCGCGUUAGUGAUAACAACUUCAAUGGAAGCAUACCUGAUUUUGUCCAGAACUGGACAAAUCUCGAAAAAUUGGUGAUUCAGGGCAGUGGUCUGAGUGGGCCGAUCCCUUCUGGUAUUGCUUCCCUAACCAAAUUGACCGACGUGAGAAUCAGUGACUUGAACGGGAACGAAUCAACUUUUCCAGAUCUUAGUAAAAAUAAAAACCUUAAGACACUGAUAUUGAGGAGUUGCAAUCUCAUCGGGGAGUUACCAAGUUAUAUUGGAAGACUGACAUCAUUGAAAGCCUUAGAUCUGAGUUUCAACAAAUUAAGUGGACCGAUUCCAGACAGCUUUGCUGGUCUAACAAAAACAAGUACACUGUAUCUAACUGGUAACUCCCUAACUGGGCCGCUGCCGGAUUGGAUGUUGAAAGACGGCGACGCAAUUGACCUGUCUUAUAACAACCUCACAUAUGAAGCUGCAAAUUGUCAGCCACGCAACUUAAACUUGUUUGCAAGCUCCAAAGGAAAUUCUUCUGGUAUUGUUUCCUGCUUAAGAAACUCCCAAUGUCAGCGAAAGUAUUCAUCUAUCCACAUUAACUGUGGUGGAAAUCAAGUGGUUGAUGAUAAAGGAACUAUUUACGAAAAUGAUGGAACUUCUGGGGGAGCUUCAAAUUUCUUCACAAGUAAGACAAACUGGGGAGUCAGCAGCACUGGCCACUUCUUGGAUGAUGACCGCCCUACGGACUCGUUCAUCUGGCCAAACAGCUCAAGCAUCUCAGGGCCGAAUUCCCAGUUGUACAUGGAUGCACGCCUUUCCCCACUCUCAUUAACUUAUUACGGAUUUUGUUUGAUAAACGGGAACUACACCGUAAACCUUCACUUUGCAGAGAUCAUAUUUACUAAUGACAAAACCUACAGUAGUCUUGGGAGGCGUUUGUUUGAUGUAUACGUUCAGGGAAAUCUGGUGCUGAAGGAUUUCAACAUUCAAAAUGAAGCAGGUGGAGUUAACAAGGGAAUCAUAAAAAACUUCACUGCAGUUGUUGCUGAUAAUACUUUGGAUAUACGCUUCUAUUGGGCUGGGAAAGGGACAAAUGCUAUUCCUGUGAGAGGUGUAUACGGUCCUCUCAUUUCAGCCAUAUCUGUAGAACCUAAUUUUACACCACCAGCAGAACCAUCAGCAAAUGGAAGCAGCAUUUCUGCAGGUGCUAUAGUUGGUAUUGUAGCAGCAGGUCUUGUGACAGUUUCUCUGGUUCUUGGUAUUCUUUGGUGGAUGGGUUGGCUGAGACCCAGAGAGAACACACUGGAACAUGAACUAAGGGGUGUAGACCUUCACACUGGGUCAUUUACACUGAAGGAAAUUAAAGUUGCCACAAACAAUUUUGAUGCUGCUAAUAAGAUUGGAGAAGGUGGUUUCGGUCCGGUAUUCAAGGGUGUCCUAUCCGAUGGUACAGCUAUCGCCGUAAAGCAGCUUUCUGCCAAAUCAAAACAAGGGAACCGUGAGUUUGUCAAUGAAAUUGGCAUGAUUUCUGCUCUACAACACCCUCAUCUUGUCAGGUUACAUGGAUGUUGCAUUGAAGGCAACCAGUUGUUGCUUGUCUACGAGUACUUGGAAAAUAAUAGCCUUGCUCGUGCAUUAUUUGGUCCAGAAGAACACCAAAUUCAUUUGGAUUGGCCAACGAGGCACAAGAUCUGCGUUGGUAUAGCCAGAGGCUUGGCUUAUCUCCAUGAAGAAUCAAGACUGAAAAUUGUCCAUCGUGAUAUCAAGGCUACAAAUGUGCUUCUUGAUAAAGAUCUUAUGGCUAAGAUAUCUGAUUUUGGACUCGCCAAGCUCGAUGAAGAGGAUAACACCCAUAUCAGCACCCGCAUUGCUGGAACUUUUGGAUAUAUGGCGCCUGAGUAUGCGAUGCGAGGCCAUUUGACAGACAAAGCAGAUGUAUACAGCUUUGGUGUUGUUCUUUUGGAAGUUAUCAGUGGAAGGAGCAACUCUAGCAGCAGAGGCAAAGAUGACACUUUCUAUCUUCUUGACUGGGCACAUAGGUUGCUGGAGGCAGGAAAAUUGAUAGAAAUAGUCGACCCAAGAUUGGAAUCCAACUUCAAGAAAAAGGAGGUCAUGGCGGCUAUCCAGGUGGCACUCCAUUGCACAAAUGUUAUAGCUGCUGAAAGACCAAAUAUGUCAGCAGUGGUAAGCAUUCUCGAGGGAAAAGCUGGUGUUGGAGAGUUCUUUUUAGACACAAGUACUGUCUCGAAUUACAAGAGUACCCCUCCUCAUAAGGAAAUGACGAAAAAGAACCCUAACGAUGAAUAUGGUCAAGGUCAAGACCACAGCAUCAUAUCAAUGGAGGAUCAAGUUCCAUGGACCGGUACCUCAGCAGUAUCCCAUGGUGGUGGUGAUCUCUAUCCAAUCUCCGUGAAUACUGAUUUCUUGGAAAAGAGAGAUGUGUAAAGAGACACAACACUGUCUAAGCACUUCUUUAUUUCUUCGUCUUAAGUGUACAUGUUGGGUUUUUUUUUUUUUAAAUCGUAUAAAUUUGUAAAAGGUUUAAAUUUGUUGUCACUUUGAUAAUUUGUUAACUUCAUUUGUUUUUGUUUUAUGUGUAAAGAGUUUGAGAAGAUGAACUGUUCUUUGGUUCUUCUGUUUUGCUUUUUUAAGCACGAGUAGAAGGGUUGCAAAGGAGCAAAGAUAUAGUUUCGAUUCUUGUGGUUUAUUCGUCAACAUAUUUGAGAUGAAUUCCAUACCUAAAUGUUACUCCAUGUUUCACUUGUACUGAAAAAUGAAAAAGUUUUUAUUU